CAAAUGGUAUAUGUCCAUGCAUUGUAAACGUGAAAACCAACGGUUGUUCAUCCGCAACUGACCUUCAGAUUGCAAACGUGUAAGUCAAGUAAUGAUAUAAAAGGGGCCGUUUUCACCGCAUUGGCAGAGCAGUUACAUCGAUUGUCCGUUUCAGAGCAUAAUUAAAGCAUCCAAAAUUAAACAAUGUUUAAGCUUCUAGUCCUUUGUGUCAUCCCCGUAGUGCUUUGCGCUCCACAGGAAAGAUUUAUAGAAAAUCUGGGACUCCAUAUUGGAAAUUCUUUUGACCUGGCGACGUUGAAAUGUGACGUUCAGUUGCUCAUUGACGUCCUUGGCAGCGACCCCACUGAGGCGGCCUGCGAGGCAGAGUGCCACAAGCUGAUCACCGACGGAACCAUCUUCUCAUACGGAUGUCCUUUAAUAUGUCAUGCUCUGCAAAACCUCGCCCACUACUUCCACGAGACUCCUCAUCCUGGGCAGGCUUCUACCUGCGGCAAUGCCACAACUUCUGCCCGCUAAAGCAAAUAAAAACAACUUUAGUAAUAACGUUAUAUGCAUGAAUUUUUACGAAACAUCUUAAUAAAUAAAUGCAUAGCAA